AGCGCUCUAAGUGCGGGCGGUCGCUGUGGCGGGCUUUCGGGAGGGGUAGGAUGCGGUGUGAGUGGUGAGAACGCUCGGUGCUGACUCCCCUGCUUCUGCGUCUUCUCUCCCCGUCCGCCCUCCAGCUGCUUUUGAGGGUCGCGCCUAGACCACCACCCCGCCCACCCACGAGAACCACGGAGAAAGGAAAUGCGCACCUUUGUCCGAGUUCUUAAUUCGAAGCGCGGGGCAGAGCGUUCUGCUCCCUCGUUCCUUCCGAGCCCCCGGGACAAUGGAGGGCUCUGAGGGCCGAAAUGCCCCCCGCGACCCGGGCCUGCAGCUGGGGCUGGGCCUCGAACUCGGGCUGCGGCGGGCGGGCGGGGCGGGCGCGGGAGGAACCACACACCUGAUGGCUCAGUCCCCCAUGCCUCCCAAGCCUGAAGGGUUGAGUCAAGAUGAACUGCGUAAAAGGCUGUACCAGACGUUUAAGGAUCGGGGUAUACUGGACACUCUCAAGACACAGCUGAGAAACCAGCUAAUUCAUGAAUUGAUGCACCCUGUUUUGAGUGGAGAACUGAAGCCUCAGUCCAUUCCAGUGGAAGGGAGCGCCCUCUUAAUAGGCGCUUCCAACUCUCUCGUUGCAGAUCACUUACAAAGAUGUGGCUAUGAGUAUUCACUUUCUGUUUUCUUUCCAGAAAGCGGUUUGGCAAAAGAAAAGAUGUUUACUAUGCAGGAUCUAUUACAACUCAUUAAGAUCAACCCUGCAUCCAGUCUCUACAAAUCACUGAUUUCAGGAUUUGAACAAGAAAACCAAAAAGGUUUUCUUAUGCAGUUUUUAAAAGAGUUGGCCGAGUAUCAUCAGGCUAAAGAGAGUUGUGAUGUGGAAACUCAAACAAGCCCAGCAUUUUCAAGCAAAGACUCUCUUGCUGAGAAGCUUCGGCUUAUUGAUGAUCAGUUUGCAGAUGCUUAUUCUCAGCGUCCCAAAUCAGAAUCUCUGGAAAGAAAGUUAAAUGCAUAUAAGAGAGAAAUAGAACAGCAACUUCGGGCAGAGAUGGUUCAAAAAUUGAAGUAUUUUAAGGAUACUGAAAUAGCAAAAAUUAAAAUGGAAGAGAAAAGAAAAUAUGAAAAGGAAUUAGCUGAGUUCCAGAAUGAAUUUGACAGAGUUUGUCAAGCAAAAUCUGAAGCCCUCAUUUCUCGGGAAAAGAAUACCCUUGAGCGAAUUCAAAAGCAUCAGGAGAUUGAAACCAAAGAAAUUUAUGCCCAAAGGCAGGUUCUACUAAAGGAUAUAGAUCUGCUAAGAGGCAGAGAAGCAGAACUGAAGCAAAGAAUUGAAGCUUUUGAAUUGUCCCAGAGGCUACAAGAAGAAAAAAACAGAACUGUGGAUGAUGUGCUUAGGAGACGGGAGCUGAAUGUAAAGACUCUUGAGGAGACCUAUGAUCAAAAGCUCAAGACUGAACUUCUAAGGUAUCAACUUGAACUAAAGGACGAAUACAUCACUAGAACUAAUAGACUGAUUGAAGAUGAAAGGAAAAAUAAAGAAAAAGCUGUGCAUUUGCAAGAAGAGCUCACAGUUAUUAAUUCCAAAAAGCAAGAAUUCAGUCAGUCCGUAAACCGUGUGAAAGAACUUGAGCUUGAGUUAGAGUCUCUCAAAGCCCAGUCUUUGGCAACAGCAAAACAAAACCACUUGCUGAGUGAAAAGGUUAAAGGGAUGAGUGAUUAUUCACCACUAAAAGAAGAGAAACUGGAGCUGCAGGCACAAAAUAAAUUGCUGAAACAGCAGCUGGAAGAGAGUAGAAGUGAAAACUUGCUUCUCCUAAACCGCCUAGCUCAACCAUCUCUUGAGCUUGCAGUUUUUCAGAAAGAAUUAAAGAAAGCAGAAAAUGCUAUAGUGCUUAAGCAUAAGGAGUUUGAAACUCACAAGAAAGCUCUGGAAAAACGGCUGCAGAAUGAAAUUGAACAUUCGGCACAGCUGAAGGCCCAGAUAAUAGAUUAUGAUGCCUCUGUGAAGAGGUUAACUACGCAGAUUGCCGACUUAAAAUUGCAACUGAAGCAAACCCAGACAGCUCUACAGAAUGAAGUGUACCGCAACCCAAAGCCAUCUCUGACGGACCGCUCCAUCACUGGAUUCAUAGGUGGCAGGAUGGCACCUCACGAUGGUGACAUAAGUGGGGAUUUCUUGAAGAAUCCUCUGGAACUGGACAAGGCUCAGGCAGUUGCGGUUACACCAAGGGUCACAAGUCCCCCAGAUGCAGGGCUAGAGAGCAGUUCCCCCGAUUCUGACCUUGAAUUUGUAGCCAAUACUAAAGCCAGGGUAAAGGAGCUAGAGCAAGAGGCCGAACGCUUAGAAAAAGCUUUCAGAAAUUACCAUCGAAGAGUCGUUCAAAACCCAGCUACAAGCCCGCCAUCAGCAAAGAGUCCACUGCCCCUGUACUUGCUGGGAACUCUACAAAAUGUCACUUCAUGUUCCCCAGAAAGAGGCCUUUUUGCAGAGGACAGAAUUGUCUCUGAGCAGCCUCAGGUGGGCAUUCUGAGAGAGGAAAAGAACGACGCAUUGGAAGUGCUGACAGGUAGCGCAGCUUCACGGCAAAGGAGGGGCUCUUCCCCAAGACGCCUCUCCUCUACUCCUCUUCCAAAAGCAAUGAGGAGCCUUGACAGUGAAAUGUACCUGGAAGGUCUGGCCAGAUCCCAUGUUGUUUCCCCGAGUGCUUGUCCUGACAGAACACCGCAGCCCUCGCCUGCUGAGUCUAGGCACACCUCCUCCAGCACGUCCCCCUCCAGCCUUCCAGAGCAGAAGGCGAGUCUUUAUCAAAAACAAGCCGAACUUCAAGACAGAACUGAAUUUUCAAAUCUGGACAAGGUAACAUCUAAGGAUAAUGAGGAACUUGAUUCAUCUUUUGAAUAUGCAAGGGACAUACCAAGGUCAUUUGAAGUGGAUGAGCUACUCCCCGCGGGUGAUAUGCCUCACAUGGACACCGUCUCAGCUGCUAUGCCUGCCAGGCCUGUCUCGUAUCAGUACCCAGGUAACUCUCAAUUUGAGCAUGUGAAGACAGUGCUGAGAAAAACACUCUGUGUGCAGGAAAAGCUUAUCAUUUAGUCCUCCAAGGUCAGAUGCUUUUUAAGAUAUCUUAAACCAUCCAUCCAAACACAGCAGUUACACUUUUCCUGAACACUAGGUAAGAUACAUUCCAUGGGAACCUCAGCGUCUUGGGAAAUCACGGUGGAAAAAUGGAAAUAAUGAGUUCUCCUUAGGGUUAACUCCCGCUACAUAUCUUUAAAGUGAUUUAAUGUGAUUUUAACAUUUUUCUAUGAUUUCUUUUUCUAUGUGUUUGCUUUCUUCAUGUUUUAAAUUAGGGCAGGGUGAAAAAACCCAAAACUUUUAAUCAUUGAGAAAGCUGAUGAUUGCCGGAGGAAAACUGGUCGUCAGUUGUCUGGCCCACUUUCUCCUUCAUCUUAUUCCCACCAGCUUACCCCCUUCCUCACUGGUGGGGCACGGGGGAGGAAAGGGAAGUUGAAGGUAGAAAUGAGAGCUUUUUUCUAGCCAGGCCCUUUUCUCCAUGGACCAAGGUGUUUUAGCCUUACACUUGAAAGGAAAUCCCUCCAGGAAAGCCACCUUGGAGUCACUUCCAAACACUGGAGAGACAUCAUCUCCAAAGCAGGGCCAAAGCCUCUUUUGGUUGAAGUCAUAGUGUUCAGGAAGAUGAGGAAUUACUGAAAGAGACUAGAGAUGCUGGCAUAUAGCAGUGAACCCAGCCAAGCCCCUUACUUCCUGGAACUUCAGAUCAUUUCCUUUGUUUAGCGGGAUAGGAGCAGUGGCCAAGGGGAGCGCCUAUCUGAUAGGCAGCCAUCUAGCAGAGAUGUGAGAGAGGUGAGGGAAUAAAAAUAACAUAAAGGGAAUCUUCUGAGUCAGUAGGUGUCGUGCCUCUGAAAUGUAAUGGAGAUUAUACUAAUGACCUUUAUGCUAAUUAUUAAGUGGCAUGGUUACUUUUUGAUAAUUGAGAAAUUCUUUUAUAUUCGUCAUUUCACCUUUCAUCAUGGGUGCAAAGGAAAUGAAAAAGGCCGAAACUUGGUAUCUGUGAGGUGCCCAGUGGAAAUGCUUCUUGUCUUUGCUCUUAUAUCCAAGGAGAUUUCUGUAUGCCACUCGUUGCUACAAAAUAUACCCCAGCCCAGAGAAGUUGCCCGUUGCUCUUUUU